ACGAUGAGAUGGCAGUUGGCAAUUAUGUGGCUCUACGUCUCGGCGUUUGCAACACCUGUCAUAAAAUGGCGCCGUCAAAUAGUGACGCCGAAGCACUUGAUGGCUCCACCUUUGUCACCCAUAUCACAGGACAAAGUGGUGGUCACCCCGCAGAAGCUUCGAGAAGUGGCUGACUUGAAGGCCAUGAUCCAAAAGGCCGUCGACGAGAAUUCUUACGUGGUGGCCGCUGCUCCAUCACAGGAUUUUCUGGCAACACUGGGUGGAAAUUGGAGAGCACCUUUAUCCUUGCCUUAUUCCUGGACUCCGCCAGCCUUUAAUCUUACCAUACUUUGGCCUGGAUUCGGCUAACAACAUGCAACAGCAUUGAUAACAGUUGUAGCUCAUAGUAUUAGUCCGCAUUAAUGGUCGAAAAGGUGCGGAAAUCGCAUAAGCUUCGAACCGCGCCUCUUAAUGUACUGUAAAGCGAGAGAUCAAAAGGAGGUUAUUAAUUAAACAAAACUCAAGCAGUAACUAGCAAUUGUUAAGCUUUUAUUGUUCAUUCAAUCGACAUAAAAUAGGGGAGAAACUACAGAACGGCGGUAUGGUUUAGCGAAUAUCUGUUGUCUUUUUUGUCACGAAUUGAUUAUGAAUCUUUGUCCUGUACAAAAAAAACAUCUUAAACCACUACCUAAUAAAUAGAUUUAGCUAUAUAUGUAAGGUACCGUGAACAUGAAAAAGCUCUAAAAUAUAUGUUUAUGUGUGGAAUAGCAACUGAAAAUAAAUUGCAUUUCAUAUGUUAAUGAAGACAUAAACUAUCAUGUAUGUUCUAUAAGUAGGACAUGUUCAUUCAAAUAUAUCAAUAUACAUAUGUAGUAUAUGUAUGGGUAAAUCGUAUAUAGUAGCUAAAUAUAUAUUAUGUAUUUACGCAAUACAGCAUUAUGCUUAUUGUUUAAAAACAUUUUUUCUAAUGCGGCUUUAUAAGUUUUGUUCCCAUUGCGAUGAAAAAUCAAAACAAACAAAAAAACAAUAUACAUAAUUACAUGUUAGGAUAGUCGACUAUCUUAUGACUUUUUCGCUGCCCAGCACUUUGCGCCUCACCAUUUUACUGUAUUAAUAACCAAGAUUUGGUUCAUUUGAAAUAAUAUCUUAUAAAGUCUAGGAAAUCUAGCUUCGGCAAGCCGAAGCGUAUGUAAAAGUGCUGUUACAUACGUUUUAUAAUUAUAAUUCCCCAUUUCCCAUUUACAAUAUGAGUAACGGGCUGAAGAUAUAAAGAUGUAGAUAGUGCCGGGAGACCUAUCGACAUGUGUAGUUAUCUAUGAGUAAUUAAGUUCUUCUUUAAACAGUAAUUUUUUGAAAGAUUAUCAUAUUGAUUGGUGUUAAAUGAUAAAAUAAUUUUAAAUUUGUAUUUAAAGAAACAUGUAGAAGUGAGCGUGAUUUCCAGAUUUUUCUUGUUAGGUUCCAGCACCCUAGCUCUGAAUCUAUUAUAACCUUUUAUUCUAAGAUUAACGAGUGUAGUUGAGAUGAACAAAAAUAAUUUCUAUUAAUAUUUACCAAAUUCUAAGAAAACUGUACUUAUUUCACUUUAUCAGUUAAAAAUGUAAAAGACAAAGUAUUACAAAUGGAUAAUUACAUGUGUAUCAAAAAUUAAUGUUAUAAGUGUACAUUUCAAAUGAAUUAUAGAAUUUCUUUUAAAGCAGACGAAUGGAAUGUUCGUAACUUAUAAUUGUUCGUAGCUGAAGUGUAGUGCUGGGCUCUGAAGCAAUGCAAACUCAAUACAAUUAAGUUGGUUUGAAGUAAGUUAAAAGUAGAACGUGAAAUAUAAAAAUCUGGUAAAAUAAUGAACGAGAUAAGCUGCAAAGUCUCAAAAA